GAACCGCUUUUCGUUCGGCCCGUGGAGGGAUGGGGGAGUAGAUUUCUCAGCUUCGUCUUUCCACGUCGGAGCUUAUAAAAGAUAUUCGGCACAGCUUGGACGUUUAGUGUCGGAACGAACGGCGAGAAGUGGCGAGGAGUAGAAGAAGAAGAAUAAGAAGAAGAAGAAGAAGAACAAGAGGAAGAAGAAGAAGAAGAAGAAGAAGAAGCAGAAGAAGAAAGGAAGAAGGUGUUCCGAACUUUACCUUUUUUGAAUUCUGACGACUAAAAAAAAGGAAGAAAAGGGAGAAUAAGAAAAAGAAGAAGAAGAAGAAGAAAAAUAAGAAGGGGAAGGAAAGAACUAAAUAAAAUGGACGAGGAACAAGUACAAAUGCUCAGGAGAGCUUUCUCCAUGUUUGACUCCACUAAAUCCGGAAGGAUCGAAAAGGAAAAGGUCAGAACGAUUCUCAAUACAUUAGGACACACAUUUGACGACCAUGAACUCGAAGUAUUACUGAAACAGGAAGACGAAGACGGAAGCGGUAAACUGGAUUUUGAUUCGUUUUACCGAGUGGCAACGCAUUUUCAAGAAGAGGACGACGAGGCGCUUCAAAAGGAACUCAAAGAAGCUUUCCGUUUAUACGACAAAGAAGGAAAUGGUUAUAUACCGACCAGCUCACUUCGUGAAAUCUUGGCAGCUUUGGACGAUCAAAUAACGCCUGAUCAAAUGGACGGCAUGAUCGCUGAAAUUGACACCGACGGUUCCGGUACCGUUGAUUUUGACGAAUUCAUGGAAAUGAUGACCGGUGACUGAGACCAAGGAAUAGGAUCCCUCUCGAAGGAUAUUUUCUUUCAAAUUAAUUUAAAAAAGCUGUGCCUUCGCAACGCAAAUCAAUAUCGCCUUCCUUGAAAAUAUUAUUUAUUGUAAUCAUUUCGGUGCUUCCGUAUUACACGAUACGAUGCUCGUUAAAUUAAUUUUAAGCUGAAUUAAAAUAAUAAUAUAUGUAUGUGUGUGUGUGUAUGUAUGCACGCUUAAGCGUAGGACGUAUCCUCGCAUCGAUGCAAUAAAAUGUACGAUAGAAUUUUACGAAAAAGAAAAAAAAGAAAACAAUAUAGCGAACAGCAUUCGAACGAAUCGA